CAGCAAUCAACCAAUAUUCCGGCUCAGAGUAUAUCUCCAUUGUUGACAGCAUCCUAAAACCAGAUGAGAUGAUAAGAGUCCGAGGAUCAUUUCUGGGACCUAUAAUGAAGCUCAGUGAGAGAGGAUUGAAGUUAUCAGCAAAGAUAGUCUACGCCAUUCUCACUAGAAGCAUCGUUUCUGUCAAGGAGAAUGAAGCCUGGUUCCAUUUCGGUGCGCAGCCAACGAGGUUCUCUAUAAGAGAAUUUCAUAUGAUGACAGGCUUGAAAUGUAGUGGUGCAUUAGAAGGACCAUGAAGGGAAACCGAGAGAUUUAAUUGGGAAUUGCUAAAGGGGCGUAGUCAUAAGUUAAGUGACGUGGUGGACCAGCUCAGAAACACAAGAGAAGAUGCUUCUGAGGAGAGAGUAUGCCUCGCAAUGCUCAUCCUGGUAGAGAGCAUAUUAUUGCGGAAGAGCAAAGGAGGGAGUUUUCCUUUGGAAUAUGCGAAAAAUGCACAGGAUAUGACAUAUCCAUGGGGAAAAGAGGCUUACAUUGUUCUCCUGAAGUCAAUUCAAAACGCUGUCGCGAAUCAUUUGGAGAAUAAAUCCAAAUUUGAGUUGCAAGGUUAUCCUCUAGUAUUCCUUCUUUGGAUACUAGAGUCGAUUCCUUUGCUAAGGAAUAAGUUCAGUAAGUGUGUACCAACAGUUGAGGUUCCUGGGCCGACCUACUUGUGUGAAAAAUACACUGAGGUAGAGAAUCCAUCACUUGAUAAGGUUUUACAUGUUGAAGCUGAUACAAAGGUAAGCUUUUCCAAGUAUAUGUUUCUCAGUUUAUUUGGCUUCUUCUUUUUAAUAUGUUUCUCAUUGGUCUUUUUUUAAAUACUCUCAGCUGAAGGUCCAUUGCAUACUACCUUCUAUUCCUCAUGAUCCAGAAGAUGAUAUCUCCAUUGAAGACAAAUAUAGUGACGAGCUGGAAACAGUGAAAGAUGUAACAAAGAAAGGGUACAAGUUUACAGCCGAUGACUGGGAAAAUAGGUGUGUAGACACAUUUGACACAUUGGAUGCUCUUAUUCAAAUGAUGGCAAAUAAGGAGACUGGCCAAGCUUCUACUCCGAUUGAUGAGGAUUCAGUAAAUGAAAAAGUGAACAGGAUCAUCACGGUAAUGGAGGAGAAUCUGAAGAGCAUGAAGGAUCGAAUGUCAUUACUGGAAAAAGAAAACAUACAUCUUAGAGCCCGUGUGUCAGAGUUGGAAGGAAACAACAAUGUUUUUCCCACUAACGUGACACAAAAGGUAAAUUCUCAAAACAUCUUCUUUUACAUUUGCAUUUUCAAGUAUUUUUUGGAAGAUCUUGUACAUAUUCUUGAAUGCCUUCCUAAUAUUUGACAAACAGCGAUCCAGUAGGACACCUUUAUCUCCAAUGUCUCACACGCAACCAUCGAGUGAGACACCUUUAUCUCCAAUGUCUCAACAGCCUAAUUUGACACAUGAGGUAUGUAACCAAUAAAUAUUGUUGAGUUUUGAAGUAAUAUUUGGAAGCUUUUGUACUUCUUGAAUGCAUUCCUGAUUUUUGCAGGUGACAAUGAUUGAAUCAGCUGCAUCUCCAAAGUCUCAACAAAAUGAGGUAUAUGCUCAAAAAUUUUUAAGAAAAUAUUUGGAAAUUCUUGUACAAAAUCCUGAAUGCCUUCCUGAUUUUUGCAGGAUUACACACGCAACCAUCGAGUGAGACGCCUUUAUCUCCAAUGUCUCAACUGCCUAAUUUGACACAUGAGGUAUGUAACCAAUAAAUAUUGUUGAGUUUUGAAGUAAUAUUUGGAAGCUUUUGUACAUAUUCUUGAAUGCAUUCUUGAUUUUUGCAGGAGACAAUGAAUGAAUCAGAUGAUGACACUCCUGCCCUUGAUACUCAAGUAUUCUCUCCUAAUCUGACAAAAGAGGUAUAUGCUCAAUGAUAUUGUUUUCACAGUUGGAGUUUACAAAUUAGUUUUGGGUGAUUUUUUUUUUACAUAUAAAGGCUUUUCUGAUUUUUGACAGAAAGAAACAGAAACGUCUACCGAUGAGAGGCCAUCCAAUCCUAAUCAAGAUGGAAAACCAGAUGAUGAGAUAAUAUUUAUUCUAGAAAGUAUAGUUGAAUGUAUUUAUGAUGGCCAUUCCUGAUAUUUUUUUGCAGAUUGUGAGAGAGAAAUUAACAAGUGAGUCACCUGCUACUCAGAGCUAAGUUUUGCAGAAAGAAACAGUGGAAAUGAAUGAGACACCUUCUUCUCCAAUAGCUCCAAAGAGUAUUGAAACUCCCGUUUAUACUCCAAGUCAAACUCAGCAGGUACAUGGUCAAAAAAAAAUCUUGGAUUUUUAAGUUAAUGUUUGGAAGCUUUAGAACGUACUCUGGAUUGACUUCGUGAUAAUUUUUACAGAUUGAGAGAGAGCCAUCGGAUGACACGCCUGCCUUUGAUACUCAAGUUUUUACUCCUAAUCUGACAAAAGAGGUAUAUGCUCAAUGACAGUUGGAGUUUACAAUUAGUUUUGGGUGAUUUACAUAUAUAGACCUUUCUAAUUUUUAGCAGAGGGAAACACAAACCUCUACUGAUGAGACGCCACCCAAAACUAAUCAAGAAGAAGGAAAAACAAAUGAUGAGGUAAUAUUUACUCUAGAAAUUAUAAUUGAAUGUAUUCAUGAUGGCCUUUUCUGAUAUUUUUUGCAGAUUGUGAUUGAGUCACCUGCUGCUCAGACUCAAGUUUUGCAAAAAGAAACACUGGAAAUGAAUGAGACACCUUCUUUUCCAAUAUCUCCAAAGAGUAUUGAGGCUCAAGUUUUUACUCCAAUUCAGAAACACCAGGUAAAUGCUCAAAAAAUCUUGGAGAUUUCAAGUAAUGUUUAAAAGCUUUUGUACGUGUUUUUGAUCCCUUUCCUGACUUUUUUUGUUUUUUUUUGCAGACGGUAACAGAGGAAAAGUAUGAGGCUACACAGCCAUUGACUGAGAUCAUUUCAGCAAACAAUAAAAAGGUAAGCAUAGAAAUGUUUGCGAAUUCAUAGAGAAUGGAAAGAUGGAGUCUGGAAGAUGGCAGAUAAGGUAAAUCAUAACUUGAAUUAUACUUCACGUGAAUUGUUUGAUAUACAUACAUUUUAGUUUCAGGAAUGGUUUCCAGAAAUUCCGAUUGCAACAAAUUUGAUAAUAUUUUGCUUGGUGUCUAUUGUUUGAAUAAAGGUGAAGCCUGAUAAGAAAAGGAAAGCUGCUGCCUCAUCGCAAAAUUCAGGAAUGGAUAAUGUUUUCUUAAGAAGGAGCGAGAGGGUGCCUAAACGAUCUAGAGACACAAAAACUCCAUUCAAGUCUGUCAGAAAUCCGGCUUUAACUGUAAUACCUGAGAUUAUACCUGCAGUUGAUCCGUUUUCAACUCCUGCGGAACAUAAGCUUUCAAGGCUUCAAAAUUGGAUGACAUUAAAGCCCGGCAUGCAUGAAACGUCCCUAUCAAUCAAUGAUAAUAAGAUAAGGAAAUCUUUCUUUCAAAGCAUGGAAAAUGCAAAAAAGGACCUUAAGAAAGAGCACAUUGAUGGAGCCUUUGCAAUGCUAAAUUGCAGAAGAAAUGAGAAUGCUGCUUGGUUCCACAACUACAAGAUUCCAAAGGCGUGCUUCCUACCUAUGGAGUUCUUGCAUUGCUUGCUCUCUGAUGAUUUGGCUUACAAGAAAGAAAAGGUCAAAGGUAAAAAGAUUUUCAACGAUUUAUUUAAAGAUAUUGUGAGAGGGAAGGUAUAUCCAGAGAAGACAUGGGGAGAAAAUGUUGAUGUUGUGUAUGGGAUUACUCUUGGAAAAAAAAGCAAUGUCUGGAUUGGGAUGGAAAUUCAUUUGAAGAAGAAAAGAAUCACAUUAUAUGAUUGUUUUCAAAAGGAAAGCAACAUCAUUGAUAUUCCUCAAGUGAAAAAGUUGGUAGGUAUGUAUAAACAAUUUAUAUUUGAUGUAUUCAACUGUUUCUUGGUUUGAAAUAUUCAACUGAUUCUAUCUUGAUUUAAAUAUGACAGUGUUGAUUUCUGAUCUGCUGGUGGAAUCUUCUAGUGAUGAGGUAGAUAAAGUGAAGAUGAUUCCAUUUGAGGUUGAGCAGGCACAAGGUUUACCCAAGACAAAACAUCCUUUCAACUGUGGGAUAUUUCUUGUCAAGAUUCUGGAGUGCCAGUCAUUGAAGAUAGGAGACAUGACAAGGAUUAAUGAUGACAAUGCAUUGGAGCUAAGGAGAACCUUGUCUUGUGAGAUCUUCAACCAAUUUGUGGAUGAGAGCUUUGGAAAAUGAGAAUGAUGCAUGAAAACAUUUUUUGUUUUAGUUAAGACUCGGUUUUAGUUAUGACUGUUUAUUUUGUUAUGUUGUUGGCGUCUGGUUACAUAAGAAAGAUUGGAAGGAUAUCAAGUAUUUUUUUUGGGUAUCAUAUAUCUUGGAAGGUUAAAAUAAUGUUUCUGGAUGGGUUUCCAGAAAAAAUUGUUAGAGUGUUUCAAAUGUAAAAAAGAAUGAAAUGAGAUUAUAUACUAAGGAUUGGACAUGUAUAUGGUAAGCUUAAAAUUGUGAUGUUUACAGACAACAAAAAAAAAAAAUUUAGAUCCACAAAGGAUCGAACCCAGAGGGAGAGAGUUUGCGUAUUUGGAUAGUGUGGGAGUUUAGCCACUAGGCCAAGAAGAAUCAUCUGUUAAUGGAUUACAUUUAAUUGUAUUUAACUCCAAACUGUAACACAAAAAAAAAUUAAAAUUGAUUUUGAAUCCACCACUUAUCGAACCCGGGGAUAGAGAGACUUUUGAGUUAUGAAAUGCCUCGGUUUAACCGCUGGUCUGAGGAGAAUCAUCUGUUAAAGAAUAUUACAUAAGCAUACUUAAACCAAUUAAUAUAGGAUAGGUUUCCAAAACAAUACAUUUCGAUUGAAAAAACGACAAAACUCUUGCCGUCUCAACACUCUCGCCGUUUCAAACUUCUCGAAUCUCACUCGCCUCCGCCUCUCGAAUCUCUCUCUCAUCUCCAUAUCUCUCGAUCUCCGACAAAAACCCAUCUCCAGAACUCUCUCUCUCUCGAUCUUUUACGCGAGCUCUCUCUAUUCUCCGAGAAAAACUAUUUCUAGAGCUCUAUCUCUUUAAGGUAUGUUGCAGAUUCAACCUUAUGUGUGUUUUCUUUCUGAGAGAUUGGUCUCCUGGUUUUUGCUUGUGUAUAGACUUGCUUGUUUUAACCUAAUAUGAUUGGUAGAAUUCUAGUUCAUGUGAAAGCAUGUGUAUAGACUUCAGGAAGAAUUUGUAUUGUUUCAGGAAACCCUUCCUGAAAAUUGGAUUUUAAUUAAUUUAGACAAUAAAAUUUUUCUUGUUUACGCAGGAUAGAAACAAGAUGGGAGAUCCAUUACCAUUAAGACUAGCACUGCCUGAGCUGAGGUAUCCGAUUGGAUCAGAGCCAGAGAAGACGAUAUCGAUAAACCAACACUCGAUAGUUGCUUAUAUCAAAACUGUUAAGGAAAUUCUAGGAAAUGAUGAGUUCAACAGAAUAAGAGGGACGUUUUUGGGACCGGUUAUCAAGCUUGGAGAGAGGUCUUUGAAAUUAUCAGCUAAGAUAGUGCACGCAGUUCUCACCAAAAGCAUCAAGACAGUGAAGAGACACGAAGCAUGGUUCCAUUUUGGUGCUCAGCCAAUGAGGUUCUCUAUAAGAGAAUUCCACAUGGUGACUGGUUUGAAAUGUAGUGGUGAAGCAAGAGAACCACGAGAGGAAACCGAGAAAUUUAAGUGGGACUUCCUAAAAGGGCGUACUCAUACAGUAAAGGACGUGGAGAAGCAGCUCAGAAACACAAAAGAAGAUGCUUCUGAUGAGAGAUUCUGCCUUGCAAUGCUCCUCCUGAUUGAGAGCAUACUACUACAGAAGAGCCUUCUCGACGGUGGCACAACUUUUACUUUGGAUUAUGUGAAAAUAGCGCAGGAUAUGGAUGUCUUGAUGACAUACCCAUGGGGGAGAACAGCUUAUAAUUUGCUGUUAAAAUCACUUCAGAGAGCUGUCGACAAAAGCCUCGACAAAAACAAUUAUGAUUUGCAAGGAUUCCCUAUGGCAUUUCUUAUAUGGAUACUUGAGUCAGUACCUUUGCUACAGUAUGCAUUCAGUCAAGUGGUUCCUAUUCUGAGCGUUCAACCGUCUACCCCAAUAUUUUUGUGUGAGAAGUACCUUCAAAUAGCUUCUCCACAGCUGAUAGAUGUUCUCCUAAUUGAAAUCAAAGAUCAUGUAAGUUUUUACAUUAUUUUUUUGUUUCUGUUUUGCCUUAUGAUUCUCCAUUUAAAAGCUAAUUAUUUUUAUGGUUUCAGCUUAAGGUCACAUGCAUCCUACCUCCUAUUUCUAAUGAACCAGAAGCUGAUGUUUGCAUGGAAGACGAAGCUAAUAAAGAUCUGGAUGACAUGGCCGAUUUAUCCAAGAGAGGUUAUAAGUUUAAAAUUAGAGAUUGGCGAAACAUGUCAGUAGACCUAUACGGUGCUAAUGAACAAAUAAGAAGAGCAUCUUUACUGUUUGGGAAUGGAGGGAUGAGUCAAGCUUCUUCUUCGUAUCAGGAGGAGUCUUUGGAAUUAAAGAUCAACAGAAUCAGCGAGAUGGUAGGAGAUAAUUUAAGGAUCAUGAACGAUCGUUUGUGUUUGAUUGAAAAAGACAGGAAACAGAUUAAAGAACGUGUGACAAAACUAGAGAAACUACAAAGAGUUACUUCAUAUGAAACUCCAAACAA